UGAAACGCUUGAAACCUUGAAUUCGUGUCUGUAAGUUGGCUAUGAUUUCGACGUUGAAGCUAAAGCCAAAAAAUAACAAGAGUGGGGGAUCUGGAGUGUCAGACCCCUGAGCCAUGUAAACAAAUAUAAACGAAGACAACAACAAAAUUUAUAAUUAUUGAAACGUUAUCAUUGAAUGAAAUGAUUUUUUGAGGUUAUUGUCAUGAGUCUGAACCGUCUGAACGUCAGAUCACGUCAGAUCUCAAUAUCGAAAGCAGCUGUUUCCGAAAGCUGUAUACGUGUUAUUUAAAAAAUACGUUUAACUUCGUACACCUUAAGCGCUAAUAUUGACUAAUUUGAGAAGUAGUUGGAAAAAUAACGAUAUGAGUAUACAUUCUACUGUCGCUCCUCAAAAAAUGGGGCCGAUGUGGCAACAGCAAGUUCUAGCUCUUGAUGCAAAAUACAACACAUCAAGAGCUGCUAAUCAUUCAACAGUAGGGUUGCUAUACAUUCGUCGUCGAAGUCAAUUAUUACGUGAAAAAGAUCCAAAAAAUACAGAGACACGAUUACAGUAUUUGAAGCACAGAGCAGAGUUAUUGCGCUUACGUUAUGGGAACUUGUCGGAUCAAGUGAGUCUAGGAUCACGAAUUUCAACAAACGUAUGUCCAACAGAAACUUCUUCAAGCAAUAACUGUCGACAAGAAAAUAUCAUGGGUUCUCUAGAAAUCGAAAAUCGUUUCGCUUGUGUGGGCAUUCAUCAUAUUUUUGAACACCACACAGCGCCUAUCUGUGCACUUAAAUUUGCAAACAAUGACAGAUCAAAAUUGUGUUGUGCCUCAUAUGAUGGAACAAUUUCCAUAUGUGACAUUACCAAGGAGUCGCUAAGUGUAGUAGCUCUUUUGGAGGGUCACAAAAAAGCUGUUACAGCCAUAGACUGGAGCAUAUCUAAUGAUCUCAUUGUUUCUUCGUCUCUUGAUUCCACUCUUCGUCUUUGGAGAGUUCAGACUGAUUCACCACCUGUUUGCCUACGGGUAGUCGGUAACCGGCUUUCGUGCGAAGUUUUAUGCUGUGCUUUUGUACCAGCUAAUAACAAUUUAGUGGUUGCCGGUACUGCGAAAGGAUAUCUACGGCUUCUUAAUGUAUCAACAGGAAUUUAUACACCAGGUGGAAGUUGCGCAAUUGGAGGAAAAAUACUCUCAUUGGUGUGCGAAGAGAGUGGUGGUUCUCUAAUGUGGGCUGGCAAUGAUCGGGGUAACAUUGUUUCAUUUCGUCUGGACUCGGGAACGGGAAGUCUUGUGAAACUGACUAGAAUGAAUGGUCCUGGUGGAGCAGUGACCAGUUUAUCUUGGCGAUCCUGGCUUUCCAGAGAAAUUCCAUUGCCCACAAUAUUGGUCAACAGUGCCUGUAAUCUUGUAUCCCUUUAUCUAGUGGCAAAUCGGUUGGGUGGUUUGGCUCUUUGGCGACAAUAUCCAAUCAAGCAUCGACAAUACCCAAUACGAUCGACAUUUUGUCCGCAAAUGGGUGCUUGCUUAAUGGCAAGCGGUUCCGAGGAUGGUUCUAUUCACUUUUUAGACUCAACGCGAGACGGAAGUGUGGAUCGCGUCAAUCGGCUUCAUGGACAUUCAGCCCCGACCAUUGCUCUUGCGUUCAAUUAUGACGAAUCGUACCUCGCAACCGUUGAUCACCAAGGAAUAGUUAUUAUUUGGCGUAAUCAACAGCGAAACUCGUGAUGAUCAAAGAAGGGUAAUCUAAAUCAGCAUUGAUUUAUACUUGAAAAAUACAAUUUCUUAAUCUUUAGUGGACGGGACUGGUCCCUUUAGGGACCACCUGCUUGGUUGGAGACUUGUCCUGAGGUAUACAUUCGAUUUAUACAUAUAUGAAUUGCACGAUUUGAAAGAUGUCGAUUUGAACUGAAAAUUUCCCGUCCUCUAAAGGUUAAUCGGGUUUUGUUACACUAUGCAUGUAUAUUACACAUCUCAUCCACAUUCUCGUUAAAAAUUCAUCAAAUUCCUAAGUACAUUAUUCAUAAAUGCAGAGUUCAACCUUGAUUUUUAAUGAAUAAGAGAACAGAAUGUGCAUUGAGGAGUAGCAAUAUAAAAUGUCAUCUUAAUGUACUAAAAGUUUACGAUAGAAGAGAAAGUAGAUGAGAAAAAUUAUAUGAAGGGAUUUGUAGUGAAGAGUGUAAAAGAAGUCCGUACACCGUAUAUAGUAAUAUAUUAAUUGUCCUAUAUUCAAAUGCAAUAACUACAAAUUAUAUAUAUAUAUAUCGCAUUGUGAUCGUGACAUGAUGAGUUCUCAAAUGAAGAGAAAAAAGUUUUAUCUGUGUAAACUAUAUCUGCGAUACUAAAGCUUCCUGUUUUAUAGAGUUACAAAAAACGAAUGAAUUCUUUAGAAUAUUAUAUUUUUGUUUAGCGACAUGUUUGUCAUUGGGCCGGAUUUAAUUGACUGUUUAUUGUUGGACAAUAAAUAUUAUAUCAAGUUGGA